AUGUCCCAAAACGUUCUUGUUGCCCUCAUUGGCCUUGCCGCUAGUGUUCAGGCCAGCCCAUGCAAGCCUUCUUCAAUGACAACAGUAACCGGUACUGCUUCGACAGACACUUCUUUGGCUACUACUUCAACCGAUAUCCCUUCCACCACUGGUACUGUCACUUCUGGAGAGCUGGCCACCACCACCACUGAGGCCGCUCUCGCAACAACCACUACUACCGGCCCUAAACUCACCUACAACUGCCCCGGCGGUUUCCCAUCUCAUGCCUCAUGCGGUAUCCGUUACAACCAUAAUCGGUCCAAUGGGUAUAUAGUUGGAAGCGGUGGUGCAGGGUCCAUGGCCGCCAACUCACUCGAUAUAUGCAUGCAAGCCUGCGCUGAGCAUGCCAAUUGUGAUUUCUUUGCCUUUUGGCCCGGUCAGCUUUGUGAGCUUUGGUCCGGAAACUAUGAGUACGACAGCAGCGGCAAUAUGGGGGCGUCGAGCUGGUACGAGUUGAGCUGUUUCUGCGUCCCGGGGAGGGAGACGACGCCGACUGUGGCUACGACCACUGAGGCUACGACCACUGGCACAUCCGCGGAUACUGUGACCACGAUAGAACCAGCACCUACGGAUUAG